AGGGUAUAUAAAGUCUUCUCUAAAGGCGUGUUCAUUCGCAGCUCAGCCUCUGAGGAGUCAACUUGAAUAGCAGUUAUAUUCAGAUAACUAAGUGAAAGUCAUCUGAUAACAAGUCAGGAUGUCUUCUACUGCAUCUGGAGAGAUGUCAUCCACGACAUCUAAAAAAACACCGGGACUUUGUGUCCGAGCCAAUGGCAGAAAAGCCUGUAACUGCUCUAGCAGGAAUAGGGCAAGCUCUUGGUGACAGACUCGGCGAGGCGGGGUUUAAUAAGGCGUACAUUGUUCUGGGAAAGUUCUUGAUGUUGGAGAAACACGAGGAGCGUUUCGUAGAGUGGCUGAAGGAGACAUGUUCUGCUAAUUCCAAGCAAGCUGGGGACUGCUAUACAUGUCUGAAAACCUGGUGUGAUGCUUUCUUGUGAGGUGCCUGCCCUCUCAUAUCAUGCUUCUGUCCACAUGUACUCGUGCAUACGCUUAAUUUGGGCUUCCUUGGUCCAAGUUGCAUAACACAAUCCUCUUUUGUUAGAACAUUUAUUUGUCUGGUGACGUGGGCUACAGCUCACAUCCGAUGCUUGGAAGCUGACGCUGAUAUAGAAUGCAAUGUUAAAUAAAUUCUUAUGAUAA